UUCUUCCUCCAGGUUGGCGCCGCGCGUGAGGGAUACGCAAUUCCCACCAGAAUUCCGCGAAACCGACUCUGCGACUCAUCCCCGGGCAAUAAAACCCUAGCGUGUCGGCGCCGCCGCCUCCUGCCUCCUAGAGCAAUUCGAUUCCCGCAUCCCGAUCCCGAUCUCCCGACCACAUCUCCCCGCGCGCGCUCCGCGAUCUCGACCCGGCGGCUCCCUCGAUCGAUUCCGGCGAGGCCGCAGGUGCUCCUCCCCCCUCGCCCGAUGUCCGCAGGUGCUCCUCCCUCCUCGCUGGAUCCCCUCUCCUCUCGAGUCGUCGCCCCUUCGGCACCUGUUGCGAUGCCGAGCCCACCUCCGGCCCCACCCACGCCGGCGGCGGAUGAGAAGCGUCCCUCACUGUCACUGCCGUUGAAGAUGAAGCGGCUAUUUCCGUACGCCGUGAACUGCGUGUUCGGCCGCAUUGGCCGCACCUUGGUCAUGGCUCUCGUCGGGCUCCAGUUUUGCAUCUGUGUCGUCAGGGUCGUCUCCUUCACCACAGACCCAGAGGUGGCCCGCUUCUGGGUAACCAUCUUCCGCUUCUGGCUGUACCUCGGCUUGGCCGCCAUCGUGCUCAUGGCGUGCGUGGACAUCGGUAACUACGUGUACGGGGUGUACGCCGUGAAGUUGGAUCCGCCACAGCAGCAGCCGGCAGUGGCAGCAGUGCAGCUCCCGCCUCCACCUCCGGAGAUGGACAUGUGCUAGACCUGCACGUUUGGUAGGUGCGUUCAGUAUUUGUUUGAUUGCUGGCGCCAGGUGCGUUUUCUAACCCGUUCUUCGAGUCUCUGUGUACUCGCUGCUUACAGUUACAGGCUCUCCUUGCUCAAGGUACAUGCCCUCCCCUUCCCGGCCCUAUCUUUGAUUCAGCACUUUUAAUGUCGUAUUGCUUAAUUGUGCAGCUACGUAUCUGAAAUCUGAAAUAUUAAGUUUUGAAACAGAAAAUAUCUGAUUUUAGGUUCCAUAUAUGGUAUAGUUGUUUGUGGCCCAUAUGAUUUGGUGCAGAUUUCUUUGCUUGUGCUAGACAACCUGUUUUCAAUUUGUUUAGGCAUCACUAGAAAUUGGAACAUGCUUCAGGUGCUUCUGGUUAAUUGGUAUGCUUUUCAAGUCUAUGCUCAAUCUAUCUUUUAUAAAGCAAUGAAUCUUCAUACUUCAGUAGUUGCAUUGUGGGAGCAUUUCAGUGGAUGGGAAUUUAUUAUUUUCUGUCCUACUAGUUUUUUUCUAGCAUCUUGCUUUCUAUAUUUUCUGUUCGUUUCAUUUGUGAUAAACAGGCUUUGUGAUGAGGGAUCAAUGGGAAGCACCAGCGUGUUGAAAAGGUUUUGCUUUCUCUUGCCGCACCAGUCAAAGCAUAGAAAGAUGGUGGCAAACAUUAGUGAAAGCGCAUCACUUGACGGCUGGAGCUGAACAUGACCAUCAUGGAAAAGUGGAGGAAAAGAGCAACCUAUUGAGUGCCAUGAUAACAAAGAUGCCAGCACACUAAAUCCGGAUAGAACACAACAACAGCUGGAAAUACUGCAAACCAAGUGGGAGAAGACCCAAUUUUUAAGUUUUUAACUGCAAUAGUUAUUACUUUUGUGCAGUUUGAAGUUUCUCAUUUGUAAUAGCUAUUUUGUAUUUCAUAGUUUGUUCAGUACCUUUAGGAAAGAUUGAAUAAGAUAUGGUUUUUAUGUCUCUAAAUGAAUUUCCAGUUGCCAUUGUCUCUAAAUGAAUUUCCAGUCGCGACAAUUGAAUUGUUGUGACUUCCUGACUGGUGUUGGGUCUCACACAGAGAUCUGCAACAUGCUGCAAAAUGGUACAGCUAAGAAUUUUAUUUUCCCUUUUUGUGCACAUAAAAUUGAAACGAACUGAUUAUUAAUACAAUUGUACUGUGACAGUAAUUCUGUUUUAUGUUUUGGAAUCAGCUAGUCACUUGAUUUAUGUCAAAAUUGUUAAUCUGGUAGUAUUUUCUUGUUAGUGAUGUUGAUAGCUAAUCUAACAUUUAGUUCCUUUGACCUUCUGAAUUAUUAUUUUGCAAACCUUCAGGUUUGGGGACAAAGAUGGGGAUGAUGUGUUUGUUUUGGUACGUGUGUGCAGUAUGUGUUUGUUUUGGUACAUGUGUGUGGUAUGUGUUUGCUUGCUGGCCCCAGGUGCAUUUUCUAACCUAUUCUUCAGGUCUCUGUUUAGUGUUUACUUGCUUACAGGUGUUGCUACUCUCCUUGCUCAAGGUACAUGCCCUCUUUUUUCAGACCUCAUCUUUGAUUCAGCAUCUUUAAUGUCGUAACUUCUUAAUUGUGCAGCUGAAGUAUCUGAAAUCUGAAAGAUUUAGUUUUGAGAAACAGAAAAUAUCUGGAUGUUAGGUUCCAUAUAUAGUUGCCUGUGGCCCAUAUGGUUUGGCACAGAUCUCUUUGCCUGUGCAAGACUUAUGCUUCCAAUUUGUUUAGGCACCACUAGAAACUGGAAGAUGCUUAAGGUAUUUCUGGUUUAGCUAUUAAAUGGUAUGUUUUUCAAGUCUUUGUUCAAUCUAUCUUUUAUAACAAAACAAUGAAUCGAUAAUUCUCAAUGUUGUGGAUGAUUGACUUGCUUGUCAAAGAUAUUGCUGGUGUAGGAUCCUCUCCUUGUUGCUAGAAUCUGGGAGCAUUUUGAUGUUGCUGCUCCCUGCAUUGUAUUUCUGUCAAUGUUAAAUUAUACUGUGGAUUGUUCUGUUUACAAUUCUACUAAGUGUAUGUUGUUGUCUUAGUUUUGUUAGUAGAGUCGUUGAUUGGGUGCAUUGUGUGAUAGUUUCACUUUGUUUGACCAUUUCUUGAUUUUACAGCAUUACAAUAGAUCAUGAGUCCAUGUUGAAUCAGCACUAUGCAUCUGAACAUUGUUAGAAGUUCAAUCCUUUCCUAGAAAUUAUUUCACUUGGGAAGGAUGCUACUUGUACCAUUUACUUGGACCUGUCAACAUAUGUAUGAUAUCUAUAGCGUCGUAAUGUUCAAGUGCAGGUUAUGUUCAACAGGAUGUAUCCCGGUUCAGGCAAGUCUUCAGUGACUACAAGUGGAAGACAGCUGCUCAAUCAUAUACGCUGUGCACAUAGCAUUGUUGACGAAAUUCAGAAGCUAGAUUGUUUGCUAAGACAGCCUUGAAUCCUAUGGUGCAGAUUCAUUUUCUUUAUAUAUCGUAGAUUGUUCCCCUUUUGUGGGAAAAAGCUGAUGGUUUGAAUGUCGCUAUGGGCAUCAGAUUGUAACCAUUGUACUAGGCAUAGCCGCAUAGGCAUGCAUAUUCCAUCAAUAUUAUUCGAACUACUUAUAGUUUUAUCAGGCUGCAAAAGCCGUAGCUUGGAAUGGUAGUGUGUGUGUGUGUGUGUACCAUGUACAUGGGAACUACAGCUGUACAUGGACUGUGUGUGUUGUGUAAUCUAAAAGUAUUCAGCAUGUAAUGAGUUGGAAUCUCUAAUCAA